GAUGCGACAACACUUACCAGUAAAACCAGCAAGCGCGGAAAAAAGGAAAGAAUCCCGAAAUCCUUAGAAAUAGGAAUACGGUCCGCAGUGGAAGGAAAAACAAAACCUGGAAAAGGAAGCAGGGCAAGGAAUCGAAACGAACUGCUCAAAUCUCUCCUCGCCAAAACUGUCGAGACCCAAUUUUCUAACGAGUGUCGAUCAUCUUCAUGUUGUGUGUGUGUGUGUGUGUGUGUGUGUGUGUGUGUGUGUGUGUGUGUUUGGAAAGAAGACACAGCGUUUUCCCCACCCGACCCUGAGGCCGUGGGAUGGAUUUUCCCCGGGACAGACCGGCGAGAAUUGAUAGCGAGAAUAACAUCUUCAACGUUUCGAGCGGAGUUGGGUAUUUUUCUUUCUUUACUUUUUUGUAUUUCCUUUCGGUUCGCAUCUCGCUCUGGGUUGCGUGACGUUAAGCCGUCGCCAACGAUCAGGCUUAAAAUUUUUUUCGUGAUGCAGCCUCAAGUUCAACAGCGACGCGGCAUGUAGCGGAAUCUGAAGAGUUUUUCGAACGAAGCUCGCUACCAGUAGCCAAGUCCUGCCGUUGGGUUCGGUACUUGUGCAAUCCCCUGAGAGUCCUUGGGAACGCGCCGAAGUUGAAUUGUCGCUCGGAACUCGGCGACACAUCUGAAGAGUUUUUCGAACGAAGCUCGCUACCAGUAGCCAAGUCCUGCCGUUGGGUUCGGUACUUGUGCAAUCCCCUGAGAGUCCUUGGGAACGCGCCGAAGUUGAAUUGUCGCUCGGAACUCGGCGACACCAUUAGAACCUUCCCGCGCCACUGUGCGGGAAAUUGCUCGGUGCGAGAGGCGACUUAGCUUCUACCUCCGUUAAGGUCUCUGCUAUGUCGCUGCCUACUAACGCCUCACCUUCCGCCGCUCGCAGCAACCAGAUCCAGGGUGCGCGAUCCAGUGCGGAAGCGAAGCCAAAAAUCGAGCCCAACCCUCUUCCAGCCGUGUGUGUGUGUGUGCGAAUAAAUGUAAUUGGAAAUAAUCAUAAUAGAGAAAAACCCCCUGCGCUCGCGCUGUAUGGGUGAGGCUAUGUACAAAUGAGUUGAGUUUCGUGCCGGAGGGGUCCUUGCGCACCGAAGCGUAUCCUGAAGCCGGUUUUGCCGCUCGCACCACAUCUAGGAUUCACUUCCCUGCCUCCCUCCGGGGUUUUUUUUGCGGUGCGUCAUUUCGAUACAUAAUUCUGAGCCCAGUGGUUACCUGGUGGCGGACGGCAGGGGAGCCGGGUAAGGGAGCGGGUAAUGUACAAAAAGCACUCCGUCCCCUUCCCGCUCCUCUUGCGCCUGGCAGUAUUAUGUGUGUGAAUGGCGAAUCGUGAGGAGACGGGAACGGGUGGUACGGUGGACGCGGCAGGACUUCAUGUGGUUCUAGCCUCGCACAGGACAAUGCCGUCAGGACCUUUCUCGUCAUCUUCUCCGUCUUUUUCCCCUGGUGCUGCUGCUGCCAAAAACAGAAAGGCAUAGAGGGGUCCCUUACCUUUUACCAAACCGAGGGUAACCCAGGGGUGCGUAUGUACGACAAAAAAUACACACACACACACACACACACACACACACACACACACACGGAGGGACACGGAGCAAAACGGCAAAAAGUCCCCAUUUGCUGCUGAUCAUUCUGAUGCGCAACACACACGCAACUGGAAGAGAGGAAGAAGGCCAGGUGUGUCUGUACAACUUCUGACUCACUCACGCGCGCGCGCGCGCUCUCACACACAUACAGCUGAUCGGAACCGAGUCGAGCGCCGGCAUUGCCUGCUUUAAUUCGUCUCGGGGCGAACGGGGCCGGCUGCGAGCGCUGGGCACGCGACCAACGUUCGCCAGAACAACGGCAACCACGGCGGCGACAGGACAAAACAGCGCCGCAGAUCUCUCAACGUCUGUCCACGCCAGACAGUGUACUACAGCUUCUAGUGCCUUUCCGAGUGACUGCAUGUGUAUGCGUGUCUGUGUGUGUGUGUAGUGUGUUAAGUGCCUUGCGAUAGAUGUCCCUGCAAUAUCAGCAUCCCGCCCGUCAAAUUCGCACCGUGUGACGACUUGACCAGGAGCAAACAACUCCCCAACCAACAACAACAACAACAACCACAACAACAACAAACAAUGUCAUCACUCAACCCGCCGAAGCGGCUGAAGCUGAAGGAGAACCAGAUGGUGGUGACGAUGCGCGAUCUGCCGGCCGGGCCGCUCAAGCGCAAGCUGCCCCUCGGCAACUACGUCAGCGCGGACAACGUGCUGCCCCCAGCCGUCACGAUCGCGACCCUCGCCAAGCAGCUGGCGGGCGCCGGCCCACCCGCCGGGCUCGGCCUGCCCGGCCGAAAGCGCUCGAGCGAGCCGCGCACCGCCGUGUCCGCGGUCGAGCGGCGGAAUGCGCGCGAGCGCAACCGCGUCCAACAGGUCAACAACGGGUUUGCCGCGCUGCGCCAGCGCAUCCCGGACGAGAUAGCGGAUGCGUUCGAGGCGGGCACGACGGCCCGCGGCGUCCACAAGAAGCUCAGCAAAGUGGAGACGCUCCGGAUGGCGGUCGAGUACAUCAAAAGCCUCGAGCGGCUGCUGGAGCAGUCGGGCACGGCGGCGGGCCGUCUGCCGGCGGCCUUCCCGCCGGUCGACACGCCGGAAACGCAGCUGCCCGCCACGCCGCCGCCCGAGCCGGCAGGCCAGACCGGCAGCAACUUCUUCCUCGCAAUCAAGCCCCGCACCGACCUCGCGGGUGGCAACGUGCCGGCCGGUAGCGCCGAGACGCAGAUCACCAUCAUCAACGGGCACCAGUACAUGCGCAUCCCCGGCACCAACACCUUCCAGUAUCUGGAUCCCGGGCGGCUGCACGACGAAGAGGACAGCGGUUCGGUCGGCCGGACCGAACCUCCGCGCAGUGGCAGACACCAGUAUGUGGAAGAGGAGGACGAAGAGGAGGAGGUGGUGGGGGAAGAAGAGGACACGUGCUCGAGCAGUGGGGAUCUGCUGAGCGAGUCGGCGAUCGCCCUGUCCCCACAGAGCAACUUUACGCUCGAGCCGGACACGGACUCGAAGCGCGACGUCGAUUCGCUCUACCAGUCGCUGGUGGCCCAACCGGACGGGGGCGUGUUCGACCAGCAGCAGUACGACGACCUGAUGCUGAUCAAGUCCGAGCUGCAGGACGAGGCGGACCUCGCCGAGGACGCAUCCUUUCUCAGCUGGUUCGAGGCGAACCAGCAGCUGCAGCUGCAGCAGCAGCUCCAGCAGCACCUUCAGCAGCAGCUCCACAGUCAGCCGGGCCUGCUCGAUUGAGCGGUGGCGCAAAGAGAUUUUUGCGAUUAUUUAUUGUAUUUAUUAGUAUGCGUUACGGGAAGGGGCAGCGCAACCCGGUGCACAACUCACCGUCGUCCAUUUUGGGGCGCAUCCAAAGACCCCAUAUACCAAAGGGACUUACUACCCGGCGGCGAUGCCCGGCGGUAAGCGUUCAAACGAUUUCGAAGCGAGCAUUCCAACAAAUUUAGGCUAGGUUGCGUUUGCAAACAAAAAAGGGAAAACCGAAAAAGCACAACGUCAACCCUAAGCCUCAACGACUUUCCAGUGCCUGUGCGAGCUGUCAGGGGAUGCCAUUCCACCCUUUGCUUUUUGACAGAUGUAUAAGUAUUACGUUUAAUAGUUGCAUAUUUACCUAGACUGAUAUAGACCAAACCUUGCGGUAGCUUGUAUGUUUUAUUUAAGAAAAUCAAACCCUUCCCAGCCCUCCCCUUACCAUCUCCCCCCCCCUCACACCCCACCACACCAGCUCACUUUGACUGUAUAUGUGCAUCGUGCAUGUGUGUGUGUAUGUAAGA